UAUAUAGUCGAGUCAAGCAGUAUUCUGUUAGAACAAUUUAUUGAAUAUUAUACCUGUACGAUAUUAAUAUGAUGAAUAUCAAGAUUAUUCUUUUACUUAGUCUAGCAGCGUAUGCUUCGUGUGGCAAUAAUGCAUCUUCGAAAAAUGCUGCUAGCUGUAUUAACCUAGGCCGGCAUAAAGCUUCAAGUUCAGCUGAUCCUAAAGAAAACACUGAAGCUGAGAUUAUAGAAGAUGCUUUCAAGGAUUGUAGAAAAUUAGUCAGCAUCCCAUACACAAAUAAUCACAUAGUUGAUACCAUUACAGCGUUUGAUUUUAGCUAUUACAUGGGCGACACCGUUAAAGACUGUGAUGUCGUGCUUAAGUACAUAAAGGACCAUCCACAAUCAUUGAACGAAAUAAAUUAUAUAGAUUUAAAAAUAUUUGGCGAAUAUUUUACAAACCAUUGCAGCAAUAUAUUAAUGUUAUCCAUUAAGGAAUGUGCUAAACAAAGGAGAAACGCAGCAAUAAUAAAGAAAAAAAAAGGAGGGGUAUUUUGGGAAGAGCUAAGACGGAAAUUAAAAGAACCCGACUCAACAGACUAAUAAUAUAGGAAGACACUAGAGCACAGUUUAAACCAAGCACAUGCCCAAACCAAGCACAGAC